UCGCCCUGUCAAUUUGGGUAUAAUAUCGGUAGUGCUUUCUUGUUUCUAACUGGAGAUCAGUAGAAUUAGGUUUAACAGCUCCCAAAUUCUCUUUGCCAGCUGAUCAUGGAUGCAAACAAGAAACCUUUCAAACUCGUCAGUCAAGACCGAAGAAUCAAAAAAGGUGUUGUGGCGGGAAGCAUGGAAGAGUUGAUGCAAAAAGCCAGAACACUUUUCAACUUGGGCUCAGAAAAUAUCCAAAUUGUACUGGAAGAAGACGGGACAGAAGUUUUGGAGGAUGAAUACCUAUUAUUCCUAGACAACAACACCAAGCUGAUGAUUCUUCCAUCCAACAACCAGUGGAAUCCCCCUAUACCUGCAUUUGACGUGACUGACUGCUCAGGAACGGAGAACUCCAACUACAACCCUGUGAAAAUCCUGCAAAAGCUUGUGCGAAGUCCUGGGUCUAUUGCUCUGCUCAGCGAAGAAGAACUGGAUGUGGUUUCCUCCUUCACCAGCCAUCAAAACAUUGGCAUACCACAGACUGAAGUGGAGUACCUGAUUGGAGCAUGUCAGAGGGAGUUGGAGCAGAAGAAAAAAAUCAAAGAUGCUUUGGACCUGGUUGAAUUGUAUCAAAGAGCCAAAGAGCAGUCAGAAUUACAUCCUUAAAAAACCGUGUCAAAGUACCCCGAAUUCAUCGUUUUCGUUCAGCUUUCCACUUGUAAAUCGGCGCUGUGCUCUUUGUCCCAGGUGUUACUCGAACUGGCUUCGUAUCGCUUUUUCCCUAUAAAUGAAAGGGUCGAUUAAAUUA